GCAGGCGGACCGGGUGUCCAGGGCCGGGGCGUCGCCUGGUCCCCGCCUCCCGCCGCGCUCCCCGCAGCCCCGCGAGGAGGAUGGAGCCGCGCCGCCUGCUGCUGUGCCUGGGUUUCCAUCUUCUCCACGCGGUUCUCAGCACCACUGUGAUUCCUUCCUGCAUGCCGGGAGAAUCCGAAGAUAAUUGCACGGCAUUAGUUCAGAUAGAAGACAACCCACGUGUGGCUCAAGUGUCAAUAAUAAAGUGUGGCUCUGACAUGAAUGGCUACUGUUUGCAUGGACAAUGCAUCUACCUGGUGGACAUGAGUCAAACGUACUGCAGGUGUGAAGUGGGUUACACUGGUGUCCGAUGCGAGCACUUCUAUUUAACUGUCCAACAGCCCUUGAGCAAAGAAUAUGUGGCUUUGACUGUGAUUCUCAUUAUCUUGUUUCUUAUCAUAGUCGCCGGUUCCCUAUACUACUUCUGCAGAUGGUACAGAAAUCGAAAAAGUAAAGAACCAAAGCAGGAAUACAAAAGGGUGACGUCAGGGGAUCCAGCAUUGCCACAAGUCUGAAUGGUGCCAUCAAGCUACAGACAGGGAUGCGCAGCAUGCCUGGUUAUGUUAAUAUUCCUAUUUUAUUAAUAAUAUUUAUGUUGGAUCAUGUGUUAAGUCAACAAUGGUGCAUUUUUAAUAUAGACAAGUUUUUUUUAUUUUUUGUUUUAUUUUUGACAGAAUAUUUGCUAAUGUAUAAUGUAUAUAAAACAAAUAAUAUAGAAAAAAGUUGAUAUUUUUGUAAGAAAUAAUUUCCUGGACUAAACGCUUUCACUCCAAAGCUCAGUUGCCAGGUAUGCAAUGCCUAAGAGUGAGUGACAUCCAGUUUGUCGCUCAGGAAGUGUCACAAAUGACGGAUUUUUGUUAAGCUUAAAUAUAUGGUUAAAUCAACUCAACAAGUAGAUUUUCCUACCCCUCAAGCGAUAAUUGGAUUCACCGUAUCGUACUUCGAUGUAUGACUUGGCACCAUUAUGUUCUGUAUUAAAACACUAAUGCGGUGGGAAUUGGGAGAAGCUACAUGCGGGGAACACAUUAAUCCAGGGAGGGCUGUGUCCCUCCACCCCCAUCCUCCGCUGUGACUCCAGGUUUACUGUCUACUGUCCUGUACGCCGAGAGGGCAGUUCCUUAUUCCAACUCAUGGCUCCUGUGGGUACUGGUCACCAAUCUGCAGAUUCUCCUUGCAUUAAAUGAGUUGACAACUUCAUUCUAUACCACCUUUUAUGUAAAUAGUAGGUAUUAUAUAGCUUCGUGAUGUUUCUUUUCUUCUUUUCUUUUCUUUUUUCUUUUCUUUUCUUUUCAGAUGUUUCUUUUCUUUUCAGAUUUUUUCUUUUCUUUUCUUUUCUUUUCUUUCUUUUCUUUUCUUUUCUUUUCUUUUUUAGGAGACAAUAAAAAAGAUAUCCACACUUGGAGCCAAAAUUUGGGCUUCUUUUUAUGAGUAUUUAUUUUCAUAGGGACUUUGAUUAAGAAUCCUAAGAUUAUAUAGUAGUCCAAAAUUUGAUGGACUGGUCACCAUUUUAAAGCAUAAGACAGUAAUUCUAUAUAUUGUCCAAAGAUGGAAAUACAGUUAUUUCAUCUUCUUUGCAAGAGAGUUUUAUUUUUAUUUUUUUAUUUUUUAUUUUUUAAGAUUUUUUAUUUAUUUAUUCAUGAGAGACACAGAGAGAGAGAGAGGGAGGCAGAGACACAGGAAGAGGGAGAAGCAGGCUCCCUGUAUGGAGCCUGAUGUGGGACUUGAUCCUGGGUCUCCAGGAUCACACCCUGGGCUGAAGGCGGUGCUAAACUGCUAAGCCACCAGGGUUGCCCUGUAAGAGAGUUUUAGUGUAAAACAAUGCAGUAAGUAGCUCCUUCUACAAUUUAAAAAUAUAUUUGUAAAAUGAUAUCUUGAAGGAGGAAGUGGAAUAAUAUUUUCCCAAAUGAACAAAUUCAUUUGAAAAGUAAAAUUUAGAGACUUAACCAUGCCUUCUUUUGGAGACUGAGAUGAAUCUAGGGCCCGGUUUUCUGUCUUUUGUUUAUUUUGGGGGGAAGAGACAAACGUUUCUCUUGUGUUUGAGCCCAUGGUCUCAGUGAGUUCCUAAGGGUACUUGGGGCAACCACAGAAGGAGCUGCAGCUCUCAGCAUCUCCUGGUCUCAGGGGAGACUGCCUCAUUGAAUACUAGACCUUUGAGUAGAGUCUCUCAGGAUCACACACCUUGCUGGGGAGGGACUAUUCUUUUUUCAUCUUUUUUUUCUGGCAGGUGCUAGGGCAACAACGAGAAAGUCAACAAUGACUGACUUCUGAAGUGCCAGGUGCCAGGACUUGCCUUCAUAUGUAUCCCUUCAUUUGUCCUCUGGUGUUUCAUGUGACUAUUUUCCAAAAUGCUGGAUCUGGUCCCUUACUAUAGGGGAAAAACACACGUGUGUGUGUGUGUGUGUGUGUAAUAUAUACAUACAUAAAAAUAUACAAAUGUAUAAAAUAUACAAAUUCAUAUGCAAAUACACACCUGUACAUAAGCUCAAUCAUAGAAUUAGUCAUUUGUUGCUCUUUCAAAAAUAUGUAAAACUUAAAAACAAGAAACAGAGAAACAAAAUAAAAAUUCAGGAAGAUCUAAAAGCACAUUUCUGUCUCACAUUUAAUAUAGUUAAAGUCAAAUGUGCUGUGUAAGAAUACAUUUUAAGUCCCUCACAUUGUUAUUGACACCUACUAGAUGUAAAUGAAGUCUGCCUAUUUUAAGUGAUCUUGACUGUGUCAAAGAAAAUCAGUUUACUGAGAAAUCAACAGCAAUUCACUUAUUAUAUUUACAAAAAGGGAGUUAUAUUGGUUUAUCUUAAACAUCCUAUUUCAUAUUAUAUAACUGAUUGUAUGUAGUUUGCAAUGUUUUUAAUCUUAAGGGUGCUUAAAAAACUAGCCCCUGUAAAAGCAAAAUCUUUAUAGAUGUAUAUUAAAAUUUUUUUAAAAAUAUGACCUAGAUUGCGUUCUAUGGAUGAAAAUAAGUCAGAAAUAAUUGUUUUAAUGAGGAUAAUGCUGAGCAAACAUAGCAGAUGGUUGCCAUCAGCUCAGAUUUCCUACAAACAAUGGAAAGAUUUGGAUUAAUAUUUAGUCUAUCUUCCUUAUUUUACAGAUUCUCACUAUAUAUAUUUGUAGCAGAGCCUAUAUAUCCAACAUACUGAGAACACUGCUUUCAGGCAUCAAAUCAAUAUUUAUGCUGGAAACAGAUGCACUAGUUUCUACUUUCUGUUGAAUUCAGUAAUCUUGUUUUGAAAAGCUCAUCUGUGAUCCACAUUGUCAUUUUUACUCCAAUAACCACUCUGUAGACUUUGAAGGGAAAAAGAUGUGUUUACUCACUGCCCAAUAUUUUCUGGGUUUUUUUCCUACUCUUAUUCAUAUGGGAGAAGGGGAGUAACAACUUGCAAAGCACUGUACAUUUUUAAUGUUUUAGCAAAAAAUAAUUUUAUCUAAAACAUGUCUGUUAUUCAAACUGGAUAAUGCUAAAUGUAAGAUAGUGCAUUUUUAUCUUUGCUGUUUUUGCACUUUGUAAUUGCACUUUUUAAGUUUGAAGAGCCUUUUUGGUAUACAGUUUAUAUUGAAGAUGCUAUGGAACAUAAACUUGUAAUGCAUGCAGUUUAACUUAUUUGAGAAUGGAUUUUAUCAGAGUACUGAAUUGUAUCAAUUUGUUUGUGUUCAGUAUCAGCUUUGAUAAUUGUGUACCUUAAGAUAUUGAAGGAGAAUAUAGAUACUUCACAAGAUGUUGUUAAUGUUUAUUUAUUUUUGUUGGCAACUAGAAAAAAACAUGACUGAGAAAGAAAAAUACAUUAAAUAUCAUGCAUAAAAGAGUUUCACUGAUAAA